UCUGUUUUUUUUGCCUCCAACUUUUUUUUUUCAAUUCAUCUUCAUUAUUCAUUCACUCACAUCUCACAACAAAACAUCCACAUCCAUCCCUCACUCACAUCACACCCACUUGGUUUUUCUGUCCACCAUCCCUUCUUCUUCCUCUCAUUUUCUCGUCUUUUCUCUCCUACCAAACAUGUCCAUCGCCACACACUUCAUCACCAUCGUCUUCUUCCUCUCCGUCACACUCCUCACCUUUCCUGGCACUGCAAGAACCGAGCAGACAUGCCCUUAUCCAUGCAACCCACCCCCCAUUGGCGGCGGCGGCGGCGGCACUUCGACGGCUACCACGGUGACCCCAACUCCGCCGCAGACCGGCGGAACAGUAUACUCACCACCGACUACUGGGUAUAAUAACUACCCUUAUUAUAAUCAACCUCCACCGUACGGAUUCGGCGGCGGCGGCAGUGGAUACUAUGGUGCCCCACCUCCUCCGGAGCCGAUUCUGCCAUACUUUCCGUUCUAUUACAGAAAGCCACCGCAUGGGACAGGUGGGUAUUCAUCAUCAUCAUUUUCUGCAGCAACCAGUGUGCAGAAAUGGACUGUAGCAGCAUCAUCUCUUUGCUUAAUCCUUCUUGUUUAGUAUAUUCAGUGAGAAUCUUUGAUAAUGUAAUGUUCAAACUCUUGCUGGAACCACUGAGAUUCUGAUCAGAAUUAGUGAUGAUAGAUGCGUUGUGGUUCAUAAUUUGUUUCUCAGUUAUUUGUCAAGCAUCUUUGUCUUGCA